UAGGCGCACACACACUCACACACACACACACACACCGCUCUUCCCUGCGCCCUGCGUACAUGGCAUAAAGAAAGCCUCAGACUUGUGGGAAUUGUUUAUAAUAAGCCGGAAAGACCUUGAGAGAUUACACCGCUUCAACAGUUUCGUGUGUGAUGAGACAAUAAUUUGUAUCAAAACGACCAUCUCCCAACUGCUUCUUGCUCAUUUCCCAUUGAAUGAGAUGCGAACUGCUGAGGAGUCUUCAGGAACGGUCCUGCACCGUCUCAUCCAAGAGCAACUCCGCUACGGGAACCUGACUGAUACCCGCACACUUCUGGCCAUCCAGCAGCAGGCCCUGCGUGGAGGCAGCAGCGGCGGGGGCACAGGUAGUCCCCGCUCUUCUCUCGAGAGCCUCACUCAGGAGGAGUCUCAGUACAUCCAGAUGUCAACCAGGCAGGAGCCUCAGGGCCAGGAGCACCAGGGGGAUUUGCCUCAUUCUGAGAGCCCAGUGUGUCAUCUGUACCAGCUCCAUGGAGAAGAGUUGCCCACCUAUGAGGAGGCUAAGGCCCACUCCCAGUACCUAAUUUCUCAGAAGGGGCAAGCUGAGUUGGAAGGCCCUGGUGUGGACAUUAUGGGCAGCCAAGGUGAGGGUCAGUGGGACCUGAAGCGGGAGCACACUCGCUCCCUCAGUGAGCGGCUCAUGCAGCUCUCUCUGGAGAGGAAUGGACCUAGAGACAGUCUUCCAAUGAGCUCUUCGCACAGCUAUCCACUGCUGUACAAUAAUCUCACGAACUCUGUGGCACCUGACAGCCAAGGGGUCCAACAGUGCCCGGAUCAGCGUGGCCCACCCCCGGACUAUCCUUUCUGUGUCAGGCUUCCUGGGUAUAUGCUCAGCCGCUCACAGGAGCAUGGACAUUACUACAAAGAGCCUCCUCCUCCUUUCCACUCACAGCAUCACAGGUAUGUGUCUGCUCAGCCCCAGGUGGCUCACAACAAUAUGUACCGCACAGUGAGUCCUGCUGUCGCAGAGGUAUUCACCACAGCCACCAGCAGCUCCAGCAAUAACUCAGUGCAGAUGGACGCGUUGAUGCGGGAGAAUGAAAGGCUCAGGAAGGAGCUGGAGGUCUACACAGAGAAGACAACCAGGCUACAGAAGCUGGAGUUGGAGAUCCGAAGGAUUUCUGAAGCUUAUGAGACUCUGAUGAAAGGCUCUGCCAAACGGGAAACUCUGGAGAAAACAAUGAGGAAUAAACUAGAGGGGGAGAUUAAGAGACUGCAUGACUUUAACAGAGACCUGAGAGAACGGCUUGAGACAGCUACCAGACAACGAGCAGCCAAGGAAGCUGAAUGCACAGACCAGAAACAGCAUGUGUUUGCUAAACUCCUCGAGCAAAAUGAGGAGCAGCAGCGAGAGCGUGAACGUCUGGAGAGACAGAUUCAGCAUUUGCGUGUGUCCGGGGAGGAGUGGCUGCGGAGACGGGAAAUGCUCGAGCAGGCUCUGGCCUCAGCGCAAGCCCGCAACCAGCAGCUGGAGGAAGAACUGCAAAGGAAGAGAGCCUACGUUGAGAAGGUGGAGAGGCUGCAGAGUGCCUUGGCUCAGCUACAGGCUGCAUGUGAGAAGAGGGAAGCCCUGGAGCUGCGCCUGCGCACGCGACUGGAGCAGGAGCUAAAAAGCCUUAGGGCACAACAGGGGAAGGCUCAGAAUCAGGCAGCUGACCCCCAGGCUGCAGAGCUGAGCUCCUCCACUUUGCAGCAACAGCUUAGGGAGAGAGAGGAAAGGAUCCUGGCUCUGGAGGCAGACAUCACCAAGUGGGAGCAAAAGUACCUGGAGGAGAGCACCAUGAGGCAGUUUGCCAUGGAUGCUGCUGCCACUGCUGCAGCGCAGAGAGAUACCACCAUCAUCAAACACUCACCCCGGCAUUCACCAAACAGCAGUUUCAAUGAAGACCUGCCAUUGUCCAGUCACAGACACCAGGAGAUGGAGAACAGGAUCCGGGUGCUGCAUGCCCAGCUCCUGGAGAAGGAUGCUGUGAUCAAAGUGCUCCAGCAGCGUUCCAGGUGGGAACAAGGCAAGCUGGAGAAACAGGGGCUGCGGCAGGCCAGGUCGGUUCCCUCCAUCAACACUGUGGCCAGCAGCACAGCAGACUGCAGCACCGAGGGGAAAGGGAAGAGCCUCUCAGAUGACCAGACAGGUGCUGCUCUGCUGUUGCCACAACCCUGCGCAGUGCCUAAGGUCCCGAGCCGAGACUCCAGCACCCAGAGUGAUGUGGCCUCUCAGGAGCCUGAGCCCACGGUAGAGCCUAAGAAGCUGGUGGCCUCUGAAGCAGUCUCAGCAGCAGCUUCCUCCGACAACUCAGAGGAGCCAAAGGCACCACUCAAGACAUUCAAGAACAUCAACUGCUCAGACACAGAGGCAGUUGAAAUCCUUAUUUGAAAGGAUAAGAGGGUUGACUACAGCUCGUAUGACUGGACAAUGAUAGUCAACGCAGACAGUGGCUUCCUGGUUGAGAAGCUGAGCGUGUCGCUCUACACCUGGCCACAGGGAAUGAGCAGGUGGCUGUCCUGUCUGGACAGAGCUGCCGAGGACAUCAUCUCCCUAGGAGUCAGGCAGUUUCUCCUAAACCAGCAUGUGUUACUGCACAGGAGAAUCCUGAAUGUGUCACAGUUUGUGGAGGAGAGCUGAGCUUUCCUGUACUUCAAAAAUUCUGAACUUUGCCACUUUUCCUCACAAAUCUGAAUUCUUCACGGUACCUGUUCUGCAUUUAUGAUAGAAAUCAGGCUGCUUAUUUGCAUAUAUGUCGAGCAUUUAAUUUGUUUUUGUUUUUUUUUUAGUUGUGUAUUUAUAUUUAUAACUGCUGCUCAUAGUGUGAUGUGACUGUAUGAAUGAAGAGAUAGAGAAAAGGAUCCACUCAGUUUCUCACUUCUGGCUUGCUCUUAACUUUUUUUCGUUGACGUACAAAUGACUCACUUUCCUGGAUCAAGUACGCAAACUGUGUAUGACUGUGUGUGACUGUGGUUCUCCAGAAUUGCCAAUAGCGUCCACAUUACUGUCUUUUCUGAGACCAGUGGCAGUUGUCUGAAAAGUCAUUGGAAGUAUCCUCUACUUGUUUUCAUGCCAUAUUUUAAGAUUAUUCUGUUUAACUUGAGUAAACACUAAUUUACUCAGCAUCAGCAUUCCCCAACCUAAGGUAACUAUGUGGAUGGUUUGUUCUUUUUAAACGACAUCUGGGGGUCUGCUGACAGCUCAGCAGAGGAUUUAGAGGCUCUGAAGGUGCAACCUGCAGAACAUGCCUCCAUGUUGUCUAAAAAAGACUACGAGAAUUGAUAGUGUUUCACAACUGUCUAGUUUUCAUGAUCCCUGGCUAAUGUUUUGGGCCUCAGAUGGCUACUGCCCAGCAUUCCGACCCCCUCUGCCGACAUGCUGGAGCUAAUCUUCUCACAUUCCUUGCUGAGGGAAUGCUCCUGUUAAAGAAAAAGGCUAUCUAAAGUCUGACCCCUCGCCCUUGUUAAAAUGGCACGCAUUCUCAACAUGAUUCUUUUCUGGGUCUAGUUAUUUCUUCUGAGCCAUGAUAGCUGGUUCUACCAUGAGCGUCUAAAUUAACGAGAGGAACACGGAAAUGGUCAACUAUAUUUGGCCUGCAUUUGCCAUUCUAUUUGUUGUCGCCAGAACUGUGUUAUAUUAAGCCACGCUUUCUUCGCCAUCGCUCAAGUAUCUUACACUUCUGCACCGUGAAUGUCAGUCUUCUAUUGAAUUCUUCUUUUGUAGUUCAGCAUCGGUGAACGCUGUUGAAUGUAGACCAGUCUGUUGUGGGAAUGCCGGACUGAUUUGUUGGGCUUUAUUUAACUGGAAAGUGCAAGGAUUCAGAUUUGCUCUCCUAGAGGGGGGAAUACUGCCAAACACCAGUGUUCAGCUGUAUUAUUUCUGUAAGGAAUAUUCACUGACAAAUAGGCAUAAGAAAAGAGUGUCCUGGAUUCCCUUAGGAACCUGAUGCAUGAUCCCAUUCAAAACUGUUAACAUUAAUCUAACAUUCUUGUUUGUGUUAAGAUCUCAAAACCUCUACAAAGUCAGUCUCCUGUUUGUUGUCAGUGGAGCAAGUGGAGAUGAUAUCACAGACCUGAGUAUUGGUUGAGGUCCAGCAAAUACCAUGUGAAUUCCUACAUUGGACUGGUAUUCCCCUGUAUGGUUUUUAAUCUUAUUUUCUCUCAUAAUGCAUUUGCUGGUCAAUGCAGUAUGUCAGAUUGGGUUACUUGUUAAAACGCCCUUCACUGUUUGGACUGUGUUUACAUAAAGGGCUGUUUGAAGUGAGAGAGGUUAAUAUAUUUUGUAGUUGUGUUUUUUUUUUUUUCAUUUGUACAUUUGUAUUUGUUUUCUUUUGUGAUGCCAAAGACUUACACUACUUUUAAAUUAUAACUGAUGUCGUACAAAUACAAAAGGUUCUAUUAAGAUGCCUUGCUUCAGCUGGUUGACCCAUUUUGAUGUUGCUGUGAACUUUUGUAAUGGAAAAUUUUGUAUAUGCCUUUACCAUUUCACAUUAAUAGAUUAAAAUCCUUAAUAUAUGUCUGAU